CUGAUCUCGUGCCUCUGGAGGAAGUUAAAGCCCCGCGUGGCCCCGAGAGGAGCUCCCAGUUCCCGCGUGUGCUCCUGCACGUCCAGCGCCCACCAUGUGGCCCCUCGUCCUGGUCCUGCUGUGGGGCUGCCUCUUGUUCCCAGGUUGUGGAGCCCUGGUGGGCCCCAAGGAGAUCAGCGGAUUUGAAGGUGACACCGUGUCCCUGCAGUGCACCUACAGGGAGGAGCUGAGGAAGCACAAGAAAUACUGGUGCAAGGAGAGUGGGUUCUUUAUCUCCCGCUGCUCCAACACCGUCUACUCGGGGGACGACGGCCAGGAGAGGACGGAGGGCAGGGUGUCCCUCCAAGACAACCCCCAGGAGCUCACACUCAAAGUGACCCUGAGGAAACUCACCCUGCAGGAUGCCGGGAAGUACUUCUGUGGGGUCUCAAAACUGGGCCGAGAUGAAUCUUUCCUGGUCUCUCUGCUUGUCUUUCCAGGUCCCUGCUGCCCUCCCUCCCCCGCUCCCUCCUUCCAGCCUCUUGCUACAAGGAGCCUCCAGCCCCAGGCAAAAGCUUGGCAAACUCCGCUCCCAGAAUUGACUUCUCCUGGUCUCCACCAAACAGUCACCACAGCCACGCAGGGGAAGACAGGGGCCGAGGCCUCUCCGUUCCCAGGGACCACUCCGUCCGGGCCCACAGGAACCACCCCGUACGCAGGAACCUCUCCAUAUGCAGGCACCUCUCCUCACGAAGCAACCUCUCCUCAUGCAGGGACCCUCCGCCCAUCCACACAGCCGGAGCCCGCCUCGACGGAGGACACUCGUCUGGCCCCCAGCAGGACCUCCCUGUCCAGGGUCUCCAUCCCAAUGGUCCGCAUCUUGGCCCCGGUCCUGGUGCUGCUGUCCCUUCUUCUGGCUGCGGGCCUGGCUGCCCUUGGCAGCUAUCUUCUCCGCUGGAGGAAGGAAGCUCAACUGGCCACAGAGACACAGAGGAACGAGAAGGUCCACCUCUCACACUUGUCGCUGGACUACGCCGUGAUCAACCUUGCAGGGCCCCCUGGGCCUCGAGCCAGCCCAGAGCCCUCCGUCAACCCCUGCACAGAAAUCCGGGGCCUCAGCCAGACUUCAGAGGAAGAAGAAGUCUAUUUCCAGGACCAGGAGGGGGACAUGAUCCCAGGGCCUCCCCUCCACAUGUCUGGGGAGGAGCUCGGCUUCUCGAAGUUCAUCUCAGUGUAGCGGCGAAAAUGCUUACGGGGGAUCUGAAUGGCUGGCUAUGCGCUAACCCGGAUAAGUUUCCUGCUACAGCUUUCAGAGUUCACCUGCCAGGCUCUGGGGCUGUCCCCUGACCCUUUCCAGGCUCUCCUCCUUCGUGCCCCAGCCCGACUGGAAGCUUUUGUCAGCCCCGGAGCCUGCAGUGGGGGUCUCACAGUCCCAGCGGGAGCCUGGGACCUGCCCAGUAUGUUCACAUGCUGGCCUAGUCGUGCAGCCAGGGAACUUACAGCCCAUGGAACUCGCCAGAGCCGGGCCCAGCUCCGGAGAUCUGGUCUGACUUUGUAUCUGUUGCAAGAAAUCCCCUGGGCCUGGGCGCCCAACAACAGCCACCCCUCCAGACCUUCCUUCCUGACUCAGCACCACUGUCUCUUGCAUAAGUGAGUGAGAAAGAAAUCUUGCUGGGGACAGACGGGGUUCUGAUUUUCAAAAUGUGCCUGUAAACCAUCUGCACCGCAGUCCUUCAGGAGGCUGGUGAAACAUGUGAUUCCCUGGGGGUGCCUGGGUGGCUCAGGCGGUUGAGCAUCUGACUCUUGAUUUCAGCUCAGGUCAUGAUCCCAGGGUGGUGGGGGCGUUGAGUGUGUAGCCUGCUUGGGAUUCUCUCUCUCUCUCUCUCUCUCUCUCUCCCUCUGCCCCCCCAAUAAAAUUUUUAAUUUAAUUUAAUUUAAUUUAAAAAUAUGAUUCCGGGGACCUACUAUGGGCUGGGCUCACAACCCUGCCUUUUUAACAAAUGUCUGGUGACUCUAAUACUUGAGUUUGAGAACCAGUGGGCCUGUUAAAUUUUCGGGUUCAUCUAGCUUAGAGCCUACAUUCGGUGUCUGGGGACUCCCACCUGCCCCCCCCCCCACACACACACAGAGGCUGCUAUGUCCACGAGAGGUGAGUUCAGGGCUGGCAGGGACGGUUGCCUUUCCCAGAUCCCCACCCAGACAUGUAUCCCAGGCUUUGGAAGUAGGAUGAAGAAAAGCUUGGCUCCUUCCUUGUCUGGAAAGGGUUAAUUGCCUAUGGAUUGGGGCUGGGGGGGGGGGGCGGGUGGAGGUAGGAAACCACAGGGUGCAGGUGGGCUUCUGAAAGGCAGGAAGGAGAGGACUGGACAGGAACCUUAGAGGAACCUGAACGUGACCCUGAGUCUGGAUCCCUGGGGAGGGGACAGGGGUGGGGGUAGAAUACCAGAACUGCUAUAUUUUCUUUUUCCACUUUCUUUAAAAAAUGAAAUGAGGGAUUGCUCAGUAUAGAUAAGUUAGAAAGACAGAAGGGGAGGAGAAAAAAACAGGUCGCCCAGAUUCAUUACUGCCGGAGACUAUCAUUGCUGCAUUUUGUUGGAUUUCCUUCCAGUUUUUUUUUUCUCCACAUCAUUUGCUGUUGUUCUCUUACAGACUCUUUUGGAUAUACAACUUUAUAGCCUGCUUGUCAUGUCCCACUUAAUUCUUUUUUUAAAAAGAUUUUUAUUUUUAUAUAAUCUCGACACCCAACCUGGAGCUCGAACUCACAACCCCGAGAUCAAGAGUCGCAGGCUCCAGUGACUGAGCCGGCCAAGGCACCCCAGGAGAGAUUUUUCUAAGUUCCUCCAGGAGGCGGUGGCUCAUAGGCUAAGAGAAAACAGAAGCAGAGAAGGUAGAAGGGGUCAUGAUGAGCUUUCAGGCACCUCCAGAGCAGGAGACACAUGCAGCACUUUGCAGAAGUGACAGGCACCCAGCGCUACAGCAGGGGGAGGCAUCAUGGGGCUCGAUCUGAGCGUGAGGCCCCCGAGCCUAGCGCCAGAGCAGGAGGUGUACUCCUCUUGAAUGGAUCACAUGGGUUUAUCCCUUUUUUAUUAAGUUUAUUUAUUUAUUUAUUUUGAGAGAGAGAGGGGGGUGGGGGGAGAGAGAGAAACCUAAGCAGGCUCUGCAAUGUCAGCGCAGAGCUUGAUGCAGGGCUCGAACCCACGAACCGCGAGAUCAUGACCUGAGCCGAAGUCGGACGCUUAACUGACUGAGCCACCCAGGCGCCCCCCGAAACAAAUUUUUUUCAUACAAAUAAAAAGAGAUGUUGAAAGCAGACAUUCUUGCCUUGUCCCUGAUCUUUUUUUUUUUUUUUUAAUUUUUUUUUUCAACGUUUAUUUAUUUUUGGGACAGAG